GCCGUCUCGUGACUCCACUCUCCACCACACUCCACGGCCGUCGCUCGCUCGCUCGCGUACUUGCAGUUGCGGAUGGCGACGAGCGGCGCCGCGGCAGCGGCACCUCCUCCCGUGUCCACCUCCCUCUCCGCGCGCCGCCGCGGCACGGCUCGGGCUCCCGCCGCCUCCUCCUCCUCCUCCGGCGCCGCUUCGUCCGCGCGGCCCUGGAGGCGGCCCGGGGCGCGGGCGCGAGCGAGGCUUCUGCGCGUGGAGGCCUCCUCCAUGGCCGACCCGGUGGAGGAGAGGCAACCCGCGGCGCCGGCCCCGGACGCUCCGUUGGAGCCUCAGCCCCAGGUACGCACCAGCAUGUGGAAUUGGAAGGGUUACAACAUUCGUUAUCAAUACGCCGGAACUUCUGGCCCUGCAUUGGUUCUAAUUCAUGGCUUCGGAGCAAACAGUGACCAUUGGCGGAAAAACAUUGCUGCUCUUGCCAUGACAUUCCGAGUGUAUGCGAUUGAUCUAAUUGGUUAUGGAUAUUCUGAUAAGCCUAAUCCACGUGAGCUUGGUGAAAGCUUUUAUACUUUUGAGACAUGGGGAGAACAGCUGAAUACGUUUUGUGCUGAAGUUGUUAAGAGUGAAGCUUUCUUCAUAUGCAAUUCAAUUGGAGGGCUUGUUGGUCUUCAGGCAGCUGUCAUGGAACCUCAGAAGUGCAAGGGCAUCUUUUUAUUGAAUAUUUCACUGAGGAUGCUUCAUAUCAGCAAGCAGCCAUGGUUUGGAAAGCCUUUCAUCAAAUCCUUCCAAAGUCUGCUACGGAAUACUGUCAUCGGGAAACUGUUCUUCAAUGCUGUUGCUACACCAGAAUCUGUGAAAAACAUUCUCUGUCAGUGCUACCAUGACACAUCUGCAGUGACGGACGAACUAGUUCAGUUUAUUCUGCAGCCAGGGCUUGACCCUGGUGCUGUGGAUGUAUUCCUUGAGUUCAUCUGCUACUCAGGAGGUCCUCUACCUGAAGAAUUACUUCCCAGAGUGAAGUGUCCAGUUUUGGUAGCUUGGGGCGAGAAGGACCCAUGGGAGCCUGUGGAGCUUGGAAGAGCUUAUGCAUCGUAUGAAACUGUUGAAGAGUUUGUUGUCUUGCCAAAUGUUGGACACUGCCCACAGGAUGAGGCACCUGACCUUGUAAAUCCACUUGUUGAAUCAUUUGUUAUGCGCCAUAGUUAGCAUAUGGCUGGGGCUAUCUCUUUUUAUUAAAGCUCUUGACCGACUAAAAUCUUUGGUUUGCUGGAAUAUGGGAAUAGUUAUUUUAUCUCAGGAUAUCACAUGGUCCAUUCUUUGUAGGCCAUGCACUUGCAUGUGAAUAUUGGUUGUAAACGCACUCGAUUGAUUGCGUUUCAAGACAUGAUGAAGAACUCUUAUUGGAGUGAACAGGGCAUCUGUCUUCUCAACGCAGAGGGGUUAGUACUCAGUACCAGCAGCAUGGAUGUUUUAUUCUGUUAAGCUAUAAUGAAAGUAAAGGAAAAUUCAAAAAUGUGAAAUUUCCACUAUUUCCUCUCUCUGAUCAUUCUUGUAAUCUGUACGAUAUGUAUGUAUAUGCCACUAGUGUUAACAUUUUCCUCGGUAAAUUAAUUUGCUUUUGGCCACACUAAAAUCUUCGGUCCGUUUCCGUUCACGGAAACUUUGAGUCCAAAUCCUCUACAGCACUGCUC